ACGGCCUGGUUCUAGGCUAUCUCCGCGUGGGCAAGAUGAAGAUCCCACUGCUGGUCGUCACGAACAAUCUUUUGAAAAAUAUCUUCGAGAGUCCUGUUCGUGAUCUCGGUCUGACCAUCAGUCUGAGGAUGGUAAGACGAGGAGAAGCAGAGCUGAGUGCCGUAUACCUCGUGGAGCCGUCGUCAGAAUCGGCUGGUAAAGCGCGGGUCACGGUCAGAUAUGAUGCUCAGAGGCACAAGCCUAAUGGAGUGCUCGACGUCACACAUCGGUGGGAUGCCGGCGUACGAGAACGACGAUGGGAAAACGUCGUGGUACUCUCGGAUGAGGUCACGAACUGCGGGCUCCAAGUCAGCUGUAUAUCGUGCGAGUUCCUCAGCGUCAGCGUCAGCGAGCGACGGCGUGGUGGACUCGACGGACGGCGGAGGGACGGAAGUAGAGAUGGGAGUCAUGGAGAUAGAGGGAGGAUCUGGCUCCAGAGGGAUGAGCUCAGCGUCAGGACAGGGUGGAUCAUAGUGUAAGAGAUCCGUCACGUCCACCAUAAAGAAGGUGACGUCGUCCUGUCGAAUGAAGUGAGCGAACUGCCGAGGCGAGGUGACCGUGAUAGAGGGAGAUGGUGUGGGCACUGAAGGCCUUGGGGGAGGAGGAUCGGGGCGUGGUGUCGCCGUGGUACCUAUGAAAGGUACGCGAUACGUCUGUCCACACUUCGUUUUGAGAACGAGAGUGUUGGUCGCCCAAUCGGCCUCGGUGUUGCGGAACCGACGAGACCACGGAGUGCCGAGAAUGAAGUCGUACCCCGUCU